AUGGCAUCGUACUAUCCAGGGUUUGUUAACCUACUAACAAGCCAAACCGGAGAAUCUAGCACUCCAGAGUUUGUGAACCUCUCUGGUUCUCAAUCCUUAGACGUGGAUUCACCUGAUCUUCCAGCAUUUAGCAGCCAGUCUGCAGAAGCAUCUACUGUCAAGGAGAGGAAGAAAUGGUCUCCGAAGGAGGAUGUUAUUCUCAUAAGCUCUUGGCUCAACACCAGCAAAGAUCCCAUAAUAGGGAAUGAGCAAAAGUGUGGAACUUUUUGGAAAAGGAUCCGGGAUUACUACAACUCAAGUGUUCAGCAUGUUGGGUUGGAGCCUAGGGAGCUAGGUCAGUGCAAGCAAAGGUGGGGAAGGCUUAAUGACCUAGUCUGCAAAUUCUGUGGUUCUUAUGAUGCGGCUUUGAGGGUUCAAUCAAGCGGUGAGAAUGACAAUGAUGUGAUGAAGAAAGCACUAGACAUGUUCUUCAAUGACUAUGGUUGUAAGUUCAAUUUAGAGCAUGCUUGGAGAGAGCUUAGGCAUGACCAGAAAUGGUGCUCUAUGUAUCAAGCUAAGGAUGGUGGUAAAGAGAAGCGGAAGACUGUUGGUGGUGCUGUUGAAGGCCAAGAGGCGGUGACUGGUGCUAGGCCUCCGGGUGUCAAGGCUGCUAAAUCGGCAAAAAAAAUGAAAGGUGGUCAAGAGGAGUCUUUCAUAGAGUUAAAAACCGUGUUGGAGAUGAAAGACAAACUAAACAAGCAGAAGUUGCUGGAGAAGUUGCUUGAGAAGCCUGAGCCUCUUUCUGAGAUGGAAAUGACUCUAAAACUGAAACUGAUGUCAGAAAUGUUGUAA